CCACAUCAGCAGGCGGACUCCCAACCACUGCGCCACCAGGGAAGCCCCGGUAGUUCUAUUUUUAAAAACUGUAGCCAUGUAAGUACCAAGUGUCAAUACCUGGUUAGCAAAUCUCUCCUUUGAUGAGAGCUCUCUGGGAAAGAGGCUUAGGCUCGGAAUGCAAACAUCCACAUUUGGGUUAGAUUUAUGGUUACCUAUGAAACCUGGGAGAAGACCUAUAACUUCUCUGAGAUCUGGAUCAUUUUUUUUUUUUUUGGUAAAAUAGAGACAGGAACUGUCAAAAGUCCAAGCCCCUGGGAUUCCAGUGUACUCGCUGAGGUUGAUGAGAAUAUUCAAUAUAUAACAGGUCUGGCCAGAGCUUUGCCAAGUUUAAAGGAAUGACAAAAGCUUAUACUCCUGGCGCUCAUUUGAUCCUUUUACCAAUCCUAGAGGUAGGUACUCACAGCCCUAUUGUAUAGAUGAAGAAAUGAGGCUCGUUAGCUUGUGAGUGGAGAAAUCGCCAUUUCAUUCCAGCUAGUGUGAGCCUAGGACUCGUGCUCUUAACCCCACGCGGCAUCACCUAGCGUAGCUCACAUGGGUCAGUUGCUAAUGUGGAACUCUGUGCCAUGAGAUUUAUUGAUCCAGAUAAGACUCUCAUCUGAUAUAUCUCAUAAAUGGGUAAAAUCCAGUGCCCCUCCUUGAGUGGAGAUGUGAAAUGGGAACAUGUACUGUGCUCAUUCAACAUAGAAUUAUCCCAGGAGCAUGGAUAAUUCACAACUUCAGACACCUGCCCAAGCCAUUUGCUUCAUUGCAGUUUGGAAACAGACUUCCUCCCCAGCUGUUACCAGUGGGAAAGGAGCAGACUGUGGACCUUCUCUUGGGUUAGCAGCUGGCAUCCCGUCCCUGGUGGCCACGGCCCUGCUGGUGGCCUUACUAUUUACUCUGAUUCACCAAAGAAGAAGCAGCAGUGAGUCCACCGAGGAAAGUGAGAGGCCUUGUGAAAUUUCAGAAAUCUAUGACAGUCCCAGGAUAGCUGAGAAUCCUAGGAGGUUACCCACACAGGAGAAGAAUAUCACGGGAGCAGAAGAAGCCCACAUAUAUGUGCAGACUGUUUCAGGAAGUGAGGAACCCAUUCGUGACACUUACCGUCCUGCUGUCGAAGUGCAGAGAAGGAGGGCGUUGUGGUGGCUUAUUCCCAGACUGAGCCUGGAGUGAUGCAGCACAGCCAAGGAGCAGAUCUGGAGCUGGAACAGAGCUAAGCACACAGGGAUUUGUGCUCGGAGGGAGGAGAGACGCCACGCUGCUUCUUAACCAAUCCAAAUUUCAUUUGCAGAUCCGGAAAACUUUGGGGUUGACUUUACUCUUUAAGGGACAGAUCUGGUAAGGUUCAUUCCAACGCUCAGACCGUGUGGUUUAAUAAGCAGUGAAGUCGUUGUGCAUCAAAAGGAGCCCUUGGGUCCUGCUCUUGACCCCGGCGGGGCUUUUCUUUGUGAUUUGGGGAAGGGGGUUUGAUUUCUCGGUGACUUGCCCCCUCCUUUUUUUCAUAUCCAUUUUCUCAAAAAAGCCGUCAGACCUGGCUUCCAUGGGCAGGUUGGCCAAGGCUAGCAUGGCAGAAGUUGGGAUAUAAAUGAAACGUACAGGGGAUGUGUGAGGAGAAGCAGUUCCUUAUUUCUGAACAACUCAGGGUAGAAACCAUGUGGAACCACAUGUUCCCCGACCACAGGGGCAGCCCACUGCUGCAUCAUUCAUCACUUGUGAUCAGAGGGUAUCUAAGGAAGGCAGUUCUGUAAUGGGCUCUGUGUCUGUGUGUGGGUGCGUGCGCACGGAGGGUAAAUAGGGAGAAGGGAAAGCAGAGGUUGUUUCAAAAGAUUAUUAGAAAUGAGGGCUAUACCCAUUUUGUGGGAGUGGAGAGAAAGGCCCAAGUCCUUGGACCAUCAUGGGGAAAAACUCAUUAGCAGGAAGAAAGAUCAAGAGGACUCUGAGUGGAUGAACACAGGACCAAAGGGAUGGGCCAAGUAGCAAUGUGACUGUCGUCUGACGGGAGCCCAUGGACAGUUUCACCAUCGCUUCUGUGAGGAGGCUUACAGGAGUCCUGGUUCCCCUAUGCAGGUCCAUUGCUUGUGAGCACGCCAGUCUCCUGGUGGGAGAACCUGGGUCCAGGGCAUCUUGGGGUCCACCCACCAGCUCCAUGGGCCUCCUUGAAAUGCUGUGGAAACAUUCCUUUCACAUACGGGGUGUCUGAUUGCUCAGAAACACACCUCCUCUUCUUCAAAUAACCAAGGACAGGUUAUACACAUCCAAUCACUGUCACACGCUGACACGUGCUCUUCAAAGCUCUUUGUGAAAUUCAGUUUUGUACCAAGUACACUGAGUCUAGUCACGUUAACAAGCAGAUUUGUCCGUUUUUAAGCGGACAUGCCCAGGGAUCCAGGUGCUUAUACUUCUCUUACACGUUGGGAAGGACCUUGGAUUUGCUGAGAACAUGACUGUGGCCUUAGCCUUGACACUCAAAGGUCUGAGCUCUGGAGCAUAUCAUGGGCCUUAGCUGUCUGUGUACAAAAUGGAGAUAGCCAUUUUCUUCCUCCUACCCUUAGGGGUGUUGUGAGGCUGAAGAAGGCAAGUGAAUGAGCCUUGUAGUCUGUAACGUGAGACUUGCAUUUUGGAUCAUUUAUUUUAAUUCUACUUGCAAUCCAUUACUUAGUAUCUUUAUUUUAAAUGGUUUCUACUAAAUUCGCUAGGUUCAGUAUUUCUGUCAUUUUUUUUUUCUGCUCUGAUGCACAAGAACUCAUUUUAGAAUAAAGUGAAAAAGCAAAAUGGUCACUCUUGUGGACCUUCAACACG